AUGAACAAGCACACCUUGCUUUAUGAGCUCGUUAGCUCGUUAGUUGUUUGGGAGCACACGGGUGUGACGCAAGACGGUCGGUUGCGCAUACCUUGUGCCGUCAAAGAGGCCGCCGAUCUUCGGGUCACCGCCGUCCUCUGCGGCUCCGAACUCAGCCCCCCAUUUCCAGGCACCUUUUUCUUAGGAUACCCCAAGACCUAG